UUUAUUUACUACGUAUUACUUUCGACAUUAUUUCUUUUCUCCCAUAUUUGUGUAUUGUGUUUGUUGUCGAAUUUACUGUUAACGAGUAUGAGUGCAGAAGAACCUUCGGAUCAAUCAGACUUGAUAUGUGUAGAAGAAAGCCUCAUGAGUUUGGAGAAGUUAGAUCGGGCCUCGCCCGAUCUGUGGCCCGAGCAGAUUCCAGGUGUGCAUGAAUUUGUAGCCCAGAAUUCACCUCAAACAGAACCUUCCUCGUGGGCUGGUGGUUUAACACCAGAUGACAUAAAUCAAUUGCAUCAAUUAGGAAAUUUGUCAGUGGCUAGUUUGAUAGUCGAAGUAAAGAAGCUACACGACACGGCUUAUCAGUUGGGUUUAGAAGAGGCGAAAGAGAUGACUCGUGGCAAAUACUUAAACAUUUUUAAACACAAAUAAAGCAGUCUUGAAAUAUACCAUCGAUAUUUUAUUAGUCUAAUUAAUUGAUUCUUAAAUUAAAUGUUUAACAGUUUUCAAAGAUCCAUCUUAUGUACUUUUGUACAUCCACAAAAACCGACGGGAAGUUACGAACAACGCUGCAGUCAGAACCGUACGAUAGAAGGCCUAACUGGGAAUUGUAUACAGAAUUAUGUUCCUGUAAAUUAUAUUUAGCUAUUGGAAUAUGAAUAAAUUUAUACCAAGAAA